GGACCGCGGAAAAAACGGGAUCAGGUGUUUCGCAAAGACGAGGAGAUCACAGAGGUUCCCAUAGGAAUAAAUGGAGUAAAAAUCAGUGUGUCCGUUAGUUAGACGUUGUGAUUGGACCAGAGAGAAUAUUGCAUAUUGAGAAACGCCUAUUUUUUUUUACCGUAUGGGCUCUGGUUUAGGUUUGUUUACAUUUCUAGAACUUCCGCAUCAGCACUGCGCAAAGCUUCAUGGGACUAAGGAACAUUCUGAGAAUCUGUUGCUGGUAGGCCUUCAAUUGACCAAGCGCGAAUCUGACAAUCUUCUUCUUCUACUGCUAAAUAAUUUAGCGAAGCCGCAAAUUGCUCUUUCCACAUGUGAAGUAAAAAAGGUGAGAUCCAGUGUACUGCAUAUGGCUUGGACUGUCUGCACGCUACGUCCACAUACACUGACUGAACUUCAAGGUUAGGUUUGGCUGGAAUUCCGUCUCCAUCUACAUACAGCAUGUCCAGUGAUCCUCCCCCUCCAUAUCCUGGGGGUCCCAUGGCCCCAUUGGUUGAUGAGAAGAAUGGACCUAUAUCAGGUUCCGCCCCUGUGACCUCAGGUCCAAUUCAGGGUCAGCCCCAGCCCCAGGGUCAGCCCCAGGGUCAGGGUCAGCCCCCGCUCCAGCCCCCAGACUAUGGCCCACCUCCAUACGAGUCGUCUUUUCACCCAGGCUUUGUGCCGCCUCAUGUCCCCGGGGAUGGACCAGGACCAAUACCUAUGCCACACCUACAUGGUGGCUAUUAUCCAUCACCAAGUCAUUAUCCACAGAUGAUGCCAGGGCAGUUUGGUCCUGCGCCCUGUCGCUUUGGCCCUGCUGGAGGGCACACAGCCACAGUUAUUGCCCCUCCUGGGGCAACCACAACAGUGACGGUCCUUCAGGGUGAGAUGUUCCAGGCCAGUCCAGUGCAGACAGUGUGUCCACACUGCCAGCAGGCCAUCAUCACACGCAUUAGCCAUGACGUCGGCCUCAUGAACUCACUUUUCUGCCUGUUCUGCUUCUUCGUGGGGUGUGAUCUGGGAUGCUGCUUGAUACCAUGUCUGAUUGAUGACCUGAAGGAUGUAACGCACACGUGCCCCUGCUGCAACGGAUACAUCUACACAUACAAGCGCAUAUGCUAACAAUGUCCAAUCAGAUCCGCUACAGAAUCAUCACAGCUCAUCCCCGUGGGUGUUGUAGCCCUCAUUGAAGUACGAUAUUGUGUUUCAGGAAACCCCCUUCGGUAGCAACGUGUCCAUUUCCAGUGUAUAUUUUGCAUUGUAUUUUGUAUAUACUUGCAGGAAUCACUGAUAUACUGUAUGUACUUAAUUUUACUUUAGCUGAGACCUCAAAUACUGGACUGAGAAUGACUAACAGUAGACUUAAGUGAUCAGGCCUAGAAAAACCUUUGCACAAUAAUAUAUUUUUAAGCGGCUGUUAUAUAAGCUUUAAGUGGAUAUCGGUGUCUUAGCAAGUUACUGCAAAAUGAGCAGGACUGGAUUGGUCACUUAAGGAGUAAUCUGUGAAAUGUGUUGUUGAUGAUCAGAAAAUGCAGGUCAGUAUUGUUUUAUUUCAAUUAUUUUAACUUUGAUUUUAACAUGUUGCGUAGAGACUAAGUCUGUAAAUAUAUGAUAUGUUAAUGUUUUGUGUGUGUUGUCGUUGUUAUCGUCAUACCAUUUUUCCAUUGUUAUUUGCUGCACAGUGAACACUUUAUUAACACAAUUUCUCGGACAGAUUGCUAUGAAUUCUCUGUUUAGUUCUUAUUGAUUGGAUCAGAUCAGGUAUGAGUAUAAUAGUUCCCAAACAUCUGUUAUAACGGCAUCAAAGAGCUUUUUCUUACAGACAUUUCUCUAAAUUACAUGAUCGUUGAUAUGAAUAAUAAACCCGUUUGAUGAAAUGCUCCUGCAAACUGUGCUCAAUGUAAUUGGAAAGUACACUUUAGGCCAGUGAGUUCUCGUCAUAGUGCUUCAGCCGGUUCCCAGAUGGAAUCAACCCUUAGAGGAAAAGUUCAAUGAUGGAGGUCAGCUGAAGAAAACAAAAUGUCUUCAUUGUACUCCGCUUCUUUACCGUUUUUGUUGAUACUUUGACCUUGGGAUGUUGUCAGGAGCUUAUAAGAGAUUUCUUUUAAAAACCCAAGUGUGCUUGACUAAGUUUGAAUGUUUUAAUUGUCUUUUAAAAUGGCACAUUGUAUGUGAAGGUCUUUACUAUGUUGUUUGCUUUAAAAAAAAAAAAAACAGUUCCCUCCUCUGGUUUUGUGCUAGCAUUGUGGUGUUGCGCUAUAAUCCAACAGUGCAGAUGUCCCUUUUCAAAGAGUCUUUAUUUAAUCAAAGCACUCUUGUCUGAACCUGUACACUGCUUUCAGUGAUUUAUUCCCUGUGUUCCUUACCAUGUUUUGAGUGUUCUGUUACUUGCAGCUCAAUAGUCAGAGCAAAUAUACAUUUUGUUGUAGUUAUGAAUUGACCCACUGUAAUUAUCUUUGUCUACAAUUGAGUACAUACUUAAUAUGCAGUUUAAGUAAGGUUUACAUGGCAGGGCUUGAAGCACCGAUCUUUUUCUUGUUUUUUUUUUCUCUCUCUCUUUUAGAUUGUACUACCAAAAUAAGUGACUUGUGUGUAAAGUUUUGGACAUCAGAUACAAGUUUAGAUGACUGCGGUAACCAUUGUUAUGCAUAUGGGAGUAAAUAUAAGCCAAAAGUGGAGUUGAGAAAAGAUGAGCCAUGAUCUUAGCCUCGGGGUGUGCAGCAGUGACUGCUACAACCUCAGUGCCAAUGGAUGUGCAUGAAUCUAAUGGAAGUUCUCAAGAAUUAUGUUGAAACCUUUGAUAAUGAGCAGCUUGCACGCAGCUUUCAAUUGCAGAAGCAAAUAUUUGAAGUUUUGGGACCCACCUAAUUUGUGCCAUGUGGCAGCAAAAAAAAUAAGAUCAGAGUUGGGUUGGAGUCUUCUUUUUAACAGUUCUAAAAUUUGACAGUUGGUAAAUACUAUCACACUGUACUGUUCUUAAUGAUGAAAUGGGUACCGGGUACAUCUGCAUCCCUUGUGCCCCUAUAUCGCCAGCUCUAACUAUACCAGUGCAUGCAAGCUACAAUUGUAUGCAAGGUAUUGGGCGACCCUGUGCAAAACAUGUUGUUGAGUUUUGAAAUGGAAAGAAAUAAAUGCAACCCCUGCAGUGAACAGA